UUUAGAGGAUUUUGCAAGACCAAAGGACAUACCAUCACCAAACCUUUCUUUCUUUCUCAGAAAUGUAAUACGAUGCACCUGCUCCAACCUCAAAAAACGCCUCAGCGAAGUCCGCGACGGGAGGAUGUUACGGAUUUCUCACCUGAAAUCGAUUCUCGUGAACAUUUUUGGCUGACAGUUAAUAGCGACGCGCCAUUCUGAAUAAAAACUUUUUGCCGCCUUUUAUUUAUUUAACCGCGAAACUUCGUUGCGAUGUCUUUACAGUGGCAUUAUGACAGCGUGGAUCGGCGCGGAAUUACGCUUUUUAGUCGAAUAUCGCUGCACUUUAUCGUCGCGGCUUGCGCGAAUAUGUGUUUGAUUUAAAGAAACAUCAUUAUAGAAAGGUAGGCUACUGUAUUUAUUUCUCCCUUUUCUUUUUUUGGGGGAAAAAUAUGCGGAUUAUCUGAGCAACAAGCUUAACCGUACGAUGCGCACAUGCCCAUUGAAAAACGCAUCAUUCAGUUGCGCGGUCUUUUUGGAGAAACCCUCAACAUAUUCUCUCAUCAACCCUUCCUUGAUUGGGUCUAUGGCCAUUAUUGAGAUCAAAUCUGCGUUUGUUUACCUACAAAUACUCUGAAAAGUGCCCUUUUUCUCAUCCCUAAGAAACGAAAAGGAGAUCAUGGCUUGCUUUCCAUGGCGAGUAUUUUGGAUAAUUCAAGCGCUUGUGGAUGUGACACUUUCACAGGAAAUUUACGCACCUCAUUCCAUCAGAAUCGAGGGGGACCUGACCCUGGGUGGCCUUUUCCCAGUCCAUGCCCGUGGGGUCUCCGGGGAACCGUGUGGAGAUAUCAAGAGGGAGAAUGGGAUUCAUAGGUUGGAGGCGAUGCUGUACGCCUUGGACCAAAUUAACAGUGACGACGAGCUUUUGCCCAACAUCACUUUAGGCGCUCGGGUUCUCGAUACAUGUUCCCGAGAUACGUAUGCUUUGGAGCAGUCGCUUACUUUCGUGCAGGCUCUCAUACAGAAAGACACGUCGGAUGUAAGAUGUACAAACGGGGAGCCCCCGGUGUUUGUCAAACCCGAAAAGGUGGUCGGAGUCAUAGGGGCUUCGGCGAGUUCAGUGUCCAUUAUGGUUGCAAAUAUUCUGCGACUGUUUCAGAUUCCGCAGAUCAGCUACGCUUCCACUGCCCCGGAACUAAGCGACGACCGGCGGUACGAUUUCUUCUCUCGUGUGGUACCACCCGACUCUUUCCAGGCACAGGCCAUGGUGGACAUAGUGAAAGCGAUGGGAUGGAACUAUGUAUCUACGGUGGCCUCGGAGGGAAGCUACGGUGAGAAAGGAGUUGAGGCCUUCAUGCAGAUUUCUAGAGAAGCGGGUGGAAUCUGCAUAGCUCAGUCCCUGAAGAUCCCACACGACCACAAGCAGGCCGAUUUUGACAAGAUUAUCUGGCAACUGCUCGAGACACGUCACUCCCGGGCGGUCAUUAUUUUUGCUUAUGACGAGGAUAUCCGGGGGAUCCUUAAUGCCAGUAAAAGAGCAGAUCAAGUGGGCCAUUUCCUGUGGAUAGGGUCAGAUAGCUGGGGAGCCAAGAACAGCCCUAUUCAAGGCCUGGAGGAUGCCGCCGUUGGCGCCAUCACCAUCCUGCCAAAAAGAGCGACUAUUUUUGGUUUUGAUGCCUACUUUAUGUCACGUACGCUGGAGAACAACAGGAGGAACGUCUGGUUUGCUGAGUUCUGGGAGGAGAACUUCAACUGCAAGCUCUUGAGCUCUUCCAAGAGAGAAGACACUAGCAGAAAGUGCACAGGGCAAGAACGAAUAGGAGCAGACUCCAAAUAUGAGCAGGAAGGGAAGGUGCAGUUUGUUAUCGAUGCAGUCUAUGCCAUGGCCCACGCCCUGCACAACAUGCAGAAAGACCUGUGUCCCGACCAGUCAGGCGUGUGUCCUGAGAUGGAGAUGGCUGGUGGCAAGAAGCUCUUAAAGUUCAUUCGCUCGGUCAGCUUUAAUGGGAGUGCUGGAACAUCUGUUACUUUUAAUCGGAAUGGUGAUGCCCCAGGACGAUACGAUCUUUUCCAGUACCAGAUAAGCAUCAAUAGUACUCCAGGAUAUAAAGUAAUUGGACAGUGGACAGAAACUCUCCAACUUAAUAUUGAAGACAUGCAAUGGCCUAAUGGUGAAACGGAAAUACCUAGCUCAGUUUGCAGCCUACCCUGUAAGAUGGGUCAGCGCAAGAAGAUGGUGAAAGGCAUGCCUUGCUGCUGGCACUGCGAACCCUGUGAUGGCUACCAGUACCAGUACGACGAGACUUCUUGCAAGCUGUGCGCCUAUAACAUGCGGCCAAACCCCAACCGGACGGCUUGCCAACCCAUUCCGAUCGUCAAGUUGGAGUGGCAUUCUCCCUGGGCCAUCAUUCCGGUAUUCCUGGCCAUGCUUGGAAUCAUCGCCACCAUCUUUGUCAUGGCAACAUUCAUACGUUACAACGAUACACCAAUCGUCCGAGCAUCUGGCAGGGAGCUUAGCUACGUUCUUUUAACUGGGAUAUUCCUUUGUUACAUCAUCACUUUUGUAAUGAUUGCUACACCUGAUGUGGCAGUUUGCUCUUUUAGACGGAUCUUCCUAGGGUUGGGAAUGUGUAUUAGCUAUGCCGCCCUGCUAACCAAGACAAAUCGCAUUUACCGGAUCUUCGAGGAAGGGAAGACGUCUGUUACUCCACCUAAACUGAUCAGUCCGACAUCUCAGUUAGCUAUAACAUCAAGCCUCAUCUCUGUCCAGCUCUUAGGGGUUCUCAUAUGGUUCGGGGUGGAUCCUCCAAACACCAUAAUCGAUUACGAUGAGCAGAAGACCAUUAACCCUGACAAGGCCAGAGGGGUUCUCAAGUGUGACAUUACAGACCUACAAAUCAUUUGCUCUCUAGGAUACAGCAUCUUGUUGAUGGUAACAUGUACGGUAUACGCCAUCAAGACUCGAGGAGUUCCAGAAAACUUCAAUGAAGCCAAACCCAUCGGCUUCACCAUGUAUACAACAUGCAUCGUGUGGCUCGCCUUUAUUCCUAUUUUCUUUGGGACGGCACAAUCAGCUGAAAAGCUAUACAUCCAAACUACCACGCUGACCAUCUCCAUGAACCUGAGUGCGUCCGUGGCCUUGGGAAUGCUCUACAUGCCCAAAGUCUACGUCAUAAUCUUCCACCCAGAGCUCAAUGUGCAGAAACGGAAGCGGAGCUUCAAAGCCGUGGUAACGGUGGCCACAAUGUCCUCACGGCUAUCGCACAAACCAAGUGACCGACCCAACGGCGAGGCCAAGACCGAACUGUGUGAAAACGUGGAUCCCAACAGCUAAUUCUCGUUAUUUAUCAGGUCCGGCUGCUAAGAAGAAAUACGUGAGCUACAAUAACCUUGUGAUCUGAGGACCUCCAUCAGAGGAGGAAGGUGAUCGAUGACAGUUCUUGGUUUCUCUCGGCUCUUUAGCAACAAAGAAAAGCUGGAAAAAAAGGCUUUUUUGUUUCCCUCUGUUUUCAUCCCCCUUUUGUCUAAGGGCCCUGACAGUAGUUGGGCCCCCAAACCACUGGCAGAGGAUAUCAGUUGGUUUUCAACACCUUUAACACCUGGAAAUACCAAAACAAAGCAAAAACACCCAUAAAUAACUGAAAAAGAAAUGAAAUCAAAAAAGAAAAAGAACAGUAACAUGGAUGAUACAACUGGAUAAAAUACAUUUUUGUUGUUUUAUUUAUUUUAUUUUAUUUUAUUUUAUUUCCAGAGGGAGGUACUUGACUGAUGAUGAUGUAAAACGUUGGCACAACACGACUGCUUUUCCAUCAGUCAAUGUAUAAGUUUGCACUCGCCGUUAUAGACCUUUGAUAAGGCUCUGAUUGGAAUGUCCAGCUGAUGGAAUGACAUGGCUCCAGAAUGCCAGCCCAGGGCGGCUCCUCCUCAUCUUUACAUGUACUUCCAAUCUGCAUGUUUUUUGGGGGAUUUCCAUACAAAGUUGUGUAAUUCUCUCAGCAUUUCUGUUACCUUUGCUGUUUUUUUUUUUUUUUUCCAGUUGAUGAUUUCUUUAAUAUGUCCUUUCUUUAUCCUUGCCUUUUUUGAAUGCACAUUGUAUUAAAGCCAUAUUCUUCUCUUUGAGCACUCAUUCCAGGAAUUCUUUCAGUUUUUCAAUCUUUAUUUUGCAGAAUUCCCUUGUCCCCACCUUUCAUGAUAAAUGUGACUGUAUGUCUAACUUUUAUACAUCUCCACCAUGUGUGUAAGGGUUUGUAGACCAUCGACUGUGUUCUUAGUGACUUUCAGAGAUGUUGCAUUGGUUUUUCAGUAUUUAAACUUCGGUUAGUGAUGGUGUUUCAGAAAUCUUUUUUUAAAGAAAGUGUUCACGUAGCAGUUGUCAAUGCAUGCUUGAUAUGUUUGAUGUUGAUGAUGAAUAUUUCACCACAACUCUUUCACGCUGGCCUGUUUACAGAUGAUUUUUAAACCUUUAUUGAUUUAGUAAUCUUUUUUUUUUUAUUUAUUUAUUUUUUGUUUUUUAAAUGAGUAUCUAAUUAAUUUCUCAGAUAUUCACUCACUCAAGGCAGAAUAUGGCUUUAAUUUGUCUUGGAAUUUUUAACUGCCCCGGAACUUAUGGAUAAAUUGUGCAAAAGAUAUGAUUAUAUAUUUAAAAAAAAAAAAUAUAUGAAAAAAAUAAAUAAAUAAAAAGCAUGUAUGUUUUAUACAGUUCGAACUAAGUAUAUUCAUGUUGCCCUUGCUGCUUAUGUGCUGAUAUUGUGGAAGACUUUUAUGUUUGACUGUGGUGUUGUCCGAGAAUGUACCAACAUGAAAUAAAACCAUUUGGUUAUUUUUUAUUA